UUUUUGCCUUUAAAUUCCCCACAGCGCUCACUAGGCAAGACCAAACUCACACCAUGGAACUCUCCUUGACCUUAUCGCUUACCUUUGUCCUCCCUCUCCUCCUUCUGAUUUACUUUCUCUACCUGCGGCAACCGCAGGAGGCCAAGAAGCAUGGCCUGAAGGUCUACCCCAUCCUCGGUACGCUGCCCCACCUGGUCAAGAACAAAGACCGCUUCCUCGAGUGGUACACCGCCGUCCUACAGCAGAGCAGUCCCAUGCAUACCCUGGCCAUCAAGGUGUUGGGCCUCACCGGAGAAGCCAUCACCGCUGAUCCGGCAUGCGUGGAGCACAUACUCAAGACUAACUUUGGUAAUUACCCAAAGGGUGAGCUCACGGUCUCCAUCCUCCAAGACUUGCUCGGCCACGGCAUCUUCAACUCCGACGGCGAUCAGUGGCUGUGGCAGCGCAAGGCCACUAGUCAUGAGUUCAGCAAGCGCUCGCUGAGGAACCUGGUGGUCAAUGCAGUGCGUUUCGAGGUCGUCGAGCGGCUGCUGCCGCUACUCGAGCGCGCCGCGGGGCGCGCUGGGCAAACUCUGGACAUGCAGGACGUGCUGGAGCGCUUUGCGUUCGACACCAUCUGUGUCGUAGCUUUUGGCGAGGACCCGGCCUGCCUCGGCAAGGAGAGCAUGAGUGCGCGCCAGAGCAUGGAGUUCAUGGCAGCGUUCAACGACGCACAGCACACCAUCAUGGCCAGGUUCAUGGCGCCUACCAAGUGGUUAUGGCGUGUCAAGAGGCUUCUCGGCAUGGAGCCGGAAAGGCGGAUGCGCUCAGCGCUCUCGACGAUCCACAGCUACGCCGGGAAGGUCGUUCGUGAGCGCAGGGAGAGAGGAGAGGAUGGGCUCGUGCGCAGAGACGACAUACUGUCGCGCCUCGCCGCAGCCGGCGAGCACACCGAACGGAGCCUCCGCGACGUGGUGACCAACCUCAUCCUCGCCGGCCGCGACACGACCUCGUCCGUGCUGACCUGGUUCUUCUGGUUAGUUUCCACGCGGCCCGACGUGGAGGAGAAUAUCAUACGGGAGAUUCGUGCGGUGCGCGGCGUGUCUGGCGGCGAAGGCGCGUCGUCUACUCCGAGCUUCGACCAGCUACGCGAAAUGCACUACCUCCACGCGGCCAUCACCGAGUCGAUGCGGCUGUACCCACCAGUGGCCGUCGACACGCACAGCUGCAAGGAGGAUGACAUCCUCCCCGACGGCACGUUCGUGGGAAGAGGGUGGCUGGUGACAUACUGUGGAUUCGCGAUGGCGAGGUUGGAGGGCAUCUGGGGCAAGGACUGCGAGGAGUUCAGGCCGGAGAGGUGGCUGGACAAGGAGGGCAUGUUCACGCCGGCGAGCCCGUUCAAGUACCCUGUCUUCCACGCGGGGCCGAGGAUGUGCCUCGGAAAGGAGAUGGCAUACCUACAGAUGAAGUCCAUCGCGGCGUGCGUGUUGGAGAGGUUCAGCCUCCGGUACGUCGGCGGGGAGGGGCAUCCAAGCCUCAUCUUGUCACUCACGCUGCGGAUGGGGGGCGGCUUGCCGAUGCAGAUGCACAGCAGGGGCGCUCCGCGUAGCUAACUACGCUGCUUCCAAGUGUGCGUCAGUCAAGUUCAUCACAUGCUCUAUCGAUCACAGUUGCUCUCUAGUCUAUUCAGGAGCUUGGUUCCGAAAAUAAACUGUCAACUUGCAAGGUUUACACUUAUAAUUGUAACUUGUAAUAAGUACGUUCAUGUGGUCCGGAAGAACAAAUACUAAUAAUAUCAUGCUAUAUUGGUAUU